AUGGCGUUGAGCUCGGAGCUGGGGCACAGAGAUGGAGAGGUGGUGGCGAUGAAGAACAGGAUGGAGGGAUUGGAGAAGGAGAAGGAGGAGAUGUCGUGUCUGGGGGAGAGAUGGAGGGAGAGAGCAGAAAAGAGAGCAGAAGAGGGAGAGAGAUGGAGGGAGAAAGCAGAGGAGAGGGAGAGAGAAUAUGAGAGACUGAGUCAGAGGCUCACUGAAAAAGAGAAGAAUAACAGUGAACAACUAAAGGCUGUGAAAAGAGAGAGUGACAAGAUAGCAGAACAACUGAAAAAGGAGGAGGUAGAUGGAAGGAAGAGAUUAGAGAAGAUAGAGGAGCUGAACACUAGAAUGAUCUCACUGGAGGAAGAAAGAGACAAUCUGGAGGCAGAACUGAAGAAAACUGAACUAUUGGAGAACAAAAUGUUUGCUGCGGAGAGAGAGAACUCACAGCUCAGAGAGAGGGAGAGAGAAAGAUACCAGGAGGAGAGUCUGAGAAAGAGGAGGAAGGAGUCCGAGGGAAGGGAGAGAUCAGAGGAGAUAGAGGAGCUGAAAACUAGAAUAAUCUCACUGGAGGAAGAAAGAGACAAUCUGGAGAGGGAAAUGGAUGAAAUGAGUCAGAGGUUUAAAGAAACAGAGAAUAAAGAGAGUGAACAACUGAAAGACAGAAGAAGAGAGAUGGAGAAGGUGGCAGAAGUUCUGAGAACAAGGGAAGGAGAGAUGAGAAAGAGAGAGGAGGAGAUGACAGAGCUGAAAGCCAUGGUCAUCUCUCUGGAGGAAGAGUUGAAGGACAUUGAAAUAUUAAAGGGAAACCUUCAGGCUUUAGAAGAGGUCAACACCAAACUCCGGGACAAGGAGAUAGAGGAAGAGAGGAAGACGGAAAAGAGAGAAGCAGAAGAGAGGGAGAGGGCGGAGAGAUUGAAAGAAGAGCUGGCACAGAAAGACGUGGAGGUACAGGAGGUGAAGAACAGGGUGGAGGGAUUGGAGAAGGAGAGGGAGGAGAUGCUGUGUCUGUUGGAGGAGAGAGACGCAGAGCUGGAGAGACUAACCACAGAACACAAGAGCCACCUACACAGAGAGAGAAAACUGAAGGAGGAGGGGGAGAGAUGGAGAGAGAGAGCAGAGGAGGGAGAGAGAUGGAGGGAGAAAGCAGAAGAGGGGGAGAGAUGGAGAGAGAGAGCAGAGGAGGGAGAGCUGUGA